UGGGGGGUGAGAAAGAAACCCAUGACCCAAAAUAAAAUUUGUAGAGAGACCAAAACAACGAGAGCACCACCGGUACACAUUUCCACAGUGAGAGAGUGAAAUUCCAGAAAGUGAGAAAUCUCCGAUCAGAUUUGGAAAGAUGCAUGGGAGACCAUCUUCUUCGUCUUCUACGUCUUCUUCUUCUCUCCAACCAUGUCUCCCGAAACGGAUAAUCCUAAUGCGUCACGCCGAAUCCCAAGGCAAUCUGGACAUGGCGGCCUACACGAGCACCCCGGACAACAAAAUCCCGCUCACCGAACAGGGCCUGGCCCAGGCCCAGCUCGCGGGGGCCCAACUCCGCCGCGUCGUCUCCGCCGACAACGACUCCAACCACCCCGAGUGGCGCGUCUACUUCUACGUCUCCCCUUACGAGCGCACCCGCUCCACGCUCUCCCAGAUCGGACGGUCCUUCUCCCGGAAACGUGUCAUCGGCGUCCGAGAGGAGUGCCGGAUAAGGGAGCAGGAUUUCGGGAAUUUUCAGGUGGAGGAGAGAAUGAAGGCCAUUAAGCAGACGAGGCAGAAGUUCGGCAGAUUCUUCUAUCGGUUUCCGGAGGGGGAGUCCGCCGCUGAUGUUUACGAUCGUGUUUCCAGUUUUCUUGAAUCUUUAUGGAGGGACAUAGACAUGAACAGGCUUCGCCACAAUCCUUGCCAUGACCUUAAUCUUGUAAUUGUAUCACAUGGGUUAACAUCGCGUGUCUUCCUCAUGAAGUGGUUCAAGUGGACGGUAGAGCAAUUCGAGCACCUAAACAACUUUGGAAACUGUGAAUUUCGAGUGAUGCAAUUAGGAGCUUGCGGAGAGUAUAGCUUAGCAGUCCAUCACACAGAGGAAGAGCUAAUAGAAUGGGGUCUUUCACGUGAAAUGAUAGAUGACCAAAAGUGGCGAGCGCAUUCGGGCAAGGGUGGGACUGACCGUUGCCCCUGGUUCGUUGAUUCAUUCUUUGACAAGCUAGCCGACUCUGACGACACAGACAGUGACGAUGUUUGGCAUGAAACCAAUGACAAAGUUCAGCAAUCAAAUUGAUUAUGCAAAUCAUAAAGUAGACUGAUUCUUUUAGCAUAUGAACAUAGGCUGCCUAGCAAUUGGGUUGGGAAUUCUUUUGAUCUGAUAUGUACUUGAUAGUUGCAUGUUCAUAGUCUCUCUUGAGUGUUGAAAAAUGAAAAUAGGAGAUUAACA